UAUCUGUGAAUUCCAUCGGUGAAUUGUGUGUUGAGUCAAUAGCUUUUGAGAUAUCUGGUGAGAUUUUUGCGCAGCUGUAGAUUUACGUCCUGGAAGCGCCUUGUUUGAAAAAUGGCAUGGAGUUGUUUUAAACAGCACCAGCAAUCAUAAAUACUGGAUUCCGGACAGAUUCGGCCAUGGAUUUCAGGAAGUAAUGGAUGGAGCCCAGGCCUUCUACAAAUGCACUGCUGUAUAUGAUCAGAUAACGGAGAAUCGAUCCCUUCGACAAGGACAUCAACGUGGAGUGGCCGCUGUCGGACAAGGUAAUCGUGAGCGACCAAGACAAAUGUCACCAAAGCUUUCAGAUAUUUUUCUCCAGAUCGUAGCGCUAUAG